GGCCCGCGCUGUCCCCGCUGCGGCCCCGACCGCGGCACGCCACGGCGCAGGCUCCGCGGCCCGAGCAGGCGCGUCAGCGGAGCUCGGCGGUGGCGCGGGCGGCUGAGACGCAGCCGCCCCCGCUCGGCGCCCGCUGCACCCCUACCAGCCACUGCCACCUCGGCCCAGAGCCUCCACGAUCUCGCCUGGCGGUUGUGGGCAGGGGCGCCUCCGGAUCGAUCUUCUGAAAUUUAAGUUUUCAAGAUGAAGUUUUUAUUGACAACUGCCUUUUUAAUUUUAAUUUCCUUGUGGGUGGAAGAAGCCUAUUCUAAGGAAAAGUCUUCAAAGAAAGGGAAGGGGAAAAAGAAGCAGUAUCUAUGCCCAUCAGAGAGAUUGUACCGUUGAAUGAUAGCAUUUUCGUACUUCAGUCUGUAUGUACCAAGAAGGUCAGCAGUCAGCAGAGGACCUUGCUCGAGUACCUGCCAACUCCACUAGCAAUAUCUUGAACAGGUUAUUGGUCAGUUAUGAUCCCAGGAUAAGACCAAACUUCAAAGGCAUUCCUGUUGAUGUAGUAGUCAACAUUUUCAUUAACAGUUUUGGAUCCAUUCAAGAAACAACAAUGGACUAUAGAGUUAACAUCUUCCUGAGACAAAAAUGGAAUGACCCCAGGCUGAAGCUCCCCAGUGAUUUUAGGGGUUCAGAUGCACUGACAGUGGAUCCAACGAUGUACAAGUGUUUAUGGAAACCUGAUUUAUUUUUUGCAAAUGAAAAAAGUGCCAAUUUUCAUGAUGUAACCCAGGAAAACAUCCUCCUCUUUAUUUUUCGUGAUGGAGAUGUCCUUGUCAGCAUGAGGUUAUCUAUUACUCUUUCAUGCCCUUUGGACUUGACGUUGUUUCCCAUGGAUACACAACGUUGCAAGAUGCAACUGGAGAGCUUUGGUUACACAACUGAUGAUUUACGAUUUAUCUGGCAGUCAGGAGAUCCUGUGCAAUUAGAAAAAAUUGCCUUGCCUCAGUUUGAUAUCAAAAAGGAAGAUAUUGAAUAUGGUAACUGUACAAAAUACUAUAAAGGCACUGGCUACUACACAUGCGUGGAAGUCAUCUUCACCCUGAGGAGGCAGGUCGGCUUUUACAUGAUGGGGGUCUAUGCCCCAACCCUGCUCAUUGUGGUUCUCUCCUGGCUAUCCUUCUGGAUCAACCCGGACGCGAGUGCUGCCAGAGUGCCCCUGGGUAUCUUCUCAGUCCUCAGCUUGGCCUCUGAGUGCACAACCCUUGCCGCUGAGCUUCCCAAAGUUUCCUAUGUGAAGGCUCUUGAUGUUUGGCUCAUUGCUUGCCUUCUCUUUGGGUUUGCUUCCCUGGUGGAGUAUGCAGUUGUCCAGGUGAUGUUGAACAACCCCAAAAGGGUUGAAGCAGAAAAAGCCAGAAUUGCUAAGGCUGAGCAAGCAGAUGGAAAAGGUGGAAAUGCGGCUAAAAAGAAUACUGUGAAUGGAACAGGGACUCCUGUUCAUAUUAGCACUUUGCAGGUUGGUGAGACCAGAUGCAAAAAAGUUUGUACUUCUAAGUCUGAUCUGAGAUCUAAUGACUUCAGCAUUGUUGGAAGCUUACCAAGAGAUUUUGAAUUAUCCAAUUAUGACUGUUAUGGAAAACCCAUUGAAGUUAACAAUGGGCUUGGGAAAUCUCAGGCUAAGAACAACAAGAAGCCUCCCCCUGCGAAACCUGUUAUUCCAACAGCAGCAAAGCGAAUUGAUCUUUACGCAAGAGCGUUGUUUCCUUUCUGCUUCUUGUUCUUCAAUGUUAUAUAUUGGUCUAUAUAUUUAUGAUAAAUCUUUUCCAUUUGUACAAAAUAAAAUUCCAUUUCAUUGUGACCUACUCCAUUCAUAAAUGCCAAUCUGUGAGAACUUUUGAAUUUUCAUAGCAACGUUGCAUUUUGGAUGCCAUUUGAUUGUAAUAAAACUGUGGCACCUUAAUUUUGAAUGGCAGCAUGAUCAUGUAAUGUCUGUGCUCUAAUAACGAUGUAUAUAUGUAUAGUGAACAUAUUGCUUAGUAACAAAUGAAGGACAAGCAUACUACAUAAUAUAAUCCAUACUAUUCUCUUCCGUUACUGUAAACUGCAAAUACUACAGAUAAUUCUGAUGAUAAAAUGAUAUGCACGCUGAAUCCUGCUAUGGUCACCAUUCUAAUGUAUGUAGUAUUUCAAAUUUCCUUCCUUGUAACUUUCAAAGAAAGUCAUCUUAUUCUUGUAAAAUUUUAGAUGGUAUUAUCACAGAUUUGAAAAGGUUGUAUUACAUAUUGUUUAAACUUUGUAAGUAGAAAUAUAUCAGUUAUAAUUAUACAGGCUCUGUGGAGAAAUAAAGUUCAAAAAAUAUUAAUUUGUAAAAUCAGCUCAUUUUAAAGUGUGCCUGUGUUGUCAAGAUAUCAGAUAGUAAUACACAGUAAUCAUUUUUAAACAAAGGGAAACCUAUAUUUAUGUAACUGUAUACUGAAUUCUGACAAAAUAAAAAAUUAAAGAUACCUUAUUGAUGAAAUAUUUAGGAUAAACAAAAUUCUAUUAAAUCCACCUUAAAACCUAAAUGUAUUUUCAUGGAUUUCAUUUGUUGGCACAUAUCACACAAAACAUUGUGCCUUAAAAUGAGUCAUACAUAUUUUAAAUUGGAAUGCAGUAAUAGAUACGUGAUUUUACAUCAUUUUUAGGAAACCAAGGGGAAGUAAUAAGUUGAAAAAGAAAUCCAUAAUUAUUAAAAGAUUUUAACUUUUUUAUUUUAUUAAAAUGCUUGCAUAUUUUCAGUAAAAUUAAACGUGUUUUCUGAAUUUAUUUUUUUAUUUGAAUAUUUUGGGGUUAGUUACAAAAUAUUUAGAGAUUAAGUAAAUAAUAGCUUUGUUUGUAUUAGACUUCACUUCUACUUGUAUUUUCUUUCUUGUUAAAAGUCUAGACAACUGAGAUUUACUUACUUUGAACCUGUUCCAACCCAAAAGUAAGCACUAAGUCUCAUUUUAUGAGACCACCGUUUCUUAAUGUGACAUCGAGUGCACCUUUGUCUUUCUGCCAUUCUGAAAUAAAACUAUCAGUAAUUCACAUAGAUAAACAUAAGACUAAAGAAGUAUAUUUACAUUAUUUGGAGAGUUUUGUUGCAGCUACCAGUUUGUAUGGCAAAUUCGAUAAUAAAGUAUUGUUUAUGCAAAUUGCCAUAUGUAAUUCAGUGCUAUUCAAUUUAUUGAAGCCUUGCAUUUUUAAAAGAUUCUCACUGAUUAUAUUAUUUUUAAUGGGAUAUAAUCGAAUCCUUUGUAGACCUUCAGCACUCUCUAGUUGUAAAGGUGACAUCCGAAUAAUUUUACAGUGCUACAGGUAACCCUGUUGAUGGACUUAAUAUCUUCUAGGACCCAGGGCAAGAGCAUUUUAAUGGAACUGUGGUAAGAAAAAAAAAAAUGAAUAGGAUUUAAAUCACUUAAAAUGUUUACUUGUAAUAAUUAUAUUUGGUUAUAAUCUGGUUCCUUUAUUUUGGCAAGUUUCAUUCAUAUUAGGGAAUUUGAUCUAGAUAUAGAGUUUUAAGUGGAAGAUGUACCAUAUUGAAGACGUAUCUCAUUAUAUAGAAAUUUAUUUGUGGAAAAUAGUAUAAAUGAAUUACUUUUCUGUAAUAUAAUAUUGUAGCCUCUUAAGACCAAUUUUAAUACCCAAGUAUAUAUGAAUCGCUAUCCCAGGAUUAAGUGUGUAUGUGUAACUACAAAUGGAACACCAGAAAAAGAUCAUAACAAAGAAGUACAAUGAGUGUCGCUGACAGUUUUUUAUAAUUCUUCUCAAAGAUUUAGUCACAGAACUCCAGAGUAGUUCUGAUCUGUGUACUUUCAGUAUUAUAUAUUUCUAGGAGAUUUGCAGUAUAUCUACCUGGAGUAUCUGCGGAUACCUCAAAUUCAGUGUCUUUAAAGUAAAAAUUAUCAUCUC